AUGUGGGAAGAGGAUGGUGGAAAUAAGAACAAUUAUGCUAGAGAAGGUGGGGAGGAGGAUGAUUUGUCUCUGCUGACAGCACUACUGGAAGAAAACGAGUUGACCUUGGGCUGCAGCUCCGAAGAGGGACUCUCCUCAGCCCAGGCAGAGGGCAGUUCUGACACAUUUGAUGAGCUCUUUGAUGCUGAAGGUGAUGAUGAAUCUUUCACAGAGGAGGCAGAUGAUGGAGAGGUGGAGAAAACCGAAAGCCAAAAAGAAAAUUUGGCCACUCUAUUUGGAGACAUGGGAGACUUAACAGACGAAGAAGAAGGCCCAUCAUUACAGUCAACUAAAAACAGAGCUGCUCCUGCUCCUGCUCGUGUUCCUGCUUCCAGACAAGAGAAAACAAAUCAAGAGUUGCAAGAUGAAUUAAGGAAGUUGCAAGAGCAAAUGAAGUCCUUACAAGAACAGCUAAAAAUAGCAACAAUUACAAAACCUGUGGGUUCAGCUCUGCGACACCAAUCCCCUGGUAAUAAAACUAUAAUUCUAAGGAUAAAGAAAGUUCAGAGGAUUCAAGAAUCACCAUGCUUUUCUGCAGAGCUUGAUGCCCCUGCUCUACCAAAGACCAAGCGAGUGGCUCGGACACCAAAGAUUUCUGCAGAGCCCAUGACUUCACCUCCAGUGAGUGUACCCUCCCAACUGCUCCAAACCAUUCCUGAGAAUAAACCCAGUGAGAUGACUAGAGACCAGAGGGCAGGGGCCCCCAUGUGUCCCGAAGAGACAGCUCAGUCAGUCUCUGUGGAAGCCUUCUCUGGCCUACGGCUCAGGCGGCCUCGAGUGUCUUCUACUGAAAUGGACAAGAAAAUGACUGGCCGGAAACUGAUCCGACUAUCUCAACUCAAGGAAAAGAUGGCAAGGGAGAAGCUGGAAGAAGUAGACUGGGUGACAUUUGGGGUUAUAUUAAAGAAAGUCACUCCACAGAGUUCUAACAGCGGGAAAACAUUUAGCAUCUGGAGAUUGAAUGAUCUCCGUGACCUGACCCAGAACGUAUCUCUGUUCCUGUUCGGAGAGGUUCACAAAGAGCUCUGGAAAACAGAGCAGGGGACUGUCAUUGGGCUGCUCAAUGCCAACCCCAUGAAGCCCAAAGAUGGCUCAGAAGAGGUAUGCUUGUCUAUUGACCACCCUCAAAAGGUCUUAAUUAUGGGGGAAGCUCUUGACCUGGGAACUUGUAAAGCAAAGAAGAAGAAUGGAGAGCCGUGUACACAGACUGUGAACCUGAAAGACUGCGAGUAUUGCCAGUACCACAUCCAGGCCCAGUACCGGAAGCUCAGUGCAAAGCGUUCUGACUUGCAGUCUACCUUCUCUGGAGGACGAGUUCCUAAGAAGUUUGCCCGCCGAGGCCCUAGCCUGAAAGAACGGCUAUGCCAUGAUGGCUUUUACUAUGGAGGAGUUUCUUCAGCAUCUUACGCAGCCUCGAUAGCAGUAGCUGGGGCUCCUAAAAAGAAGAUUCAAACCACUCUGACCAACCUGGUGGUGAAGGGCUCGGACAUGAUCAUUCAAGAAACUCAACGAAAACUCGGAAUACCCCAGAAGAGCUUGUCCUGCUCUGAGGAAUUCAAGGAAUUGAUGGACUUGCCUACAUUUGGAGCCAGAAACUUAAAACAGCAUCUAGCCAAAACCAAGUCCUCAGGCAUCAUGGGGAGCCCAGCACCUGCUAUUCAGUCUAUCUCUGCCUCAGCACUCUUGAAGCAGCAGAAACAACAAAUGUUAGAGAUGAGGAGAAAGAAAUCAGAAGAAAUCCAGAAAAGAUUUCUUCAAAGCUCCAGUGAGGCCAAGAACCCAGUUGUGCCAUCCUCCUCUCAACAGCCCCCUUCCCAGUCUCCACCAGCGGGCACUGAAUUUCCUAGACUAGAAAGAACCCCAGGAGCUCACACACCCAAGCUUGGGCGAGGCAUCUCAGAAGGAGAUGAUGUCAUCUUUUUUGAUGAAUCACCACCACCAAGACCAAAACUAAGUGCUUUAGCAGAAGCCAAAAAGUUAGCUGCUAUUAAGAAGUUAAAGGCAAAGGGCCAAAUUCUUACAAAAACAGAUCCAAACACCAUUAAAAAGAAGCACAAAGACCUCCAGGAAAUACUGGAAGUGAAGGAGCGCGUAGAGAAGAAUGCCUCACUUUCUCCUCCAGCUGAGGAUGAAUUGGAACCUGCCAAGAAGAAAAGGAGAGAACAGCUUGCCUACCUGGAAUCUGAAGAAUUUCAGAAAAUUCUAAAGGCAAAAUCUAAACACACAGGGAUCAUAAAAGAGGCUGAGGCUGAGCUGCAGGAACGCUACUUUGAACCACUGGUGAAAAAGGAACAAAUGGAAGAAAAGAUGAGAAGCAUCAGAGAAGUGAAGUGUCGAGUUGUGACCUGUAAGACAUGUGCCUACACCCACUUCAAGCCCCUGGAGACAUGUGUCAGCGAGAAUCACGACUACCACUGGCACGAUGGUGUGAAAAGGUUCUUCAAGUGCCCCUGUGGAAACAGAGCCAUCGCCCUUGAUAGGCUCCCCAACAAGCACUGCAGUAAUUGUGGCCUCUUCAAAUGGGAACGGGAUGCAAUGCUAAAGGAAAAGACAGGUCCAAAAAUAGGAGGAGAGACUUUGUUACCAAGAGGAGAAGAACAUGCCAGAUUCUUGAAUAGCCUUAAAUAACCCUGGCCGCAAACUCCCACCUCCAUUGCUCUUGGUGGCCCUGGAAAGCAAGGUAUAUGUUGCUGAUCAGCAGUCACCACAAUAUGGGUUAAGCCACUUAGCUCUGCCUACUGUCAUCCAUUGUGUUGCUUUAACACCAUUUAAUAUUAACCUUCAAGUGGAAACUCAAGAUGAUCUUCCCUGUCCUCACUCCUACAUGACUCCACAUUCAUACAAAUGUUGCUUUCCUCCAAACUGGAAGGUAAAUGGAAACCUGUGAUGUUUUUUAAUCUCUUGGGUUGUUGAGUAUGUGGUAUGGCAUCCAUAUCACAGUAAAAGUCAAGUGUUUACAUAGACACCAGAGGAUAAAGAAUUGACUUUGUUUACCCCAGAGAAGUUACUUCUCUGCAAAAUGUUGGAGGUUGAACUAAGGGAUCUUGAAAUGUAUCCUUCAGCUCUCCAUUUCUACAAAUACUAUAACUUCUCUAGCUACUUAUGAUCAUGGCCUAUCAGAUAGUCUUGAAAUGCUAAUAUUAUAAACCAGGUUCUUUUUGCCCUGUUUUCUCUUUUUUGUUCUUUAUAAAUGAUUUAAGUUGAUGAACUAUUUGACAUCUUAAUUCAUUACUGUGUGCCAUUAUGACAUUGUGAAACUCUAUAAUAGCCAUACUUUAAAUCUUAACGUCUUUGAGUAUGACAAUGAAAAUUUGAAACCUCUAACCAAAGUGAAUGCAAAGUUUGGGAAGCCAUUAAGUAUGACUAAAAAUCAGCAAUAUGCCAUCAAGACUGGAGUCUGGGACUUGCAGAUCUACUUUGUUAUACAGUUCAACAACUGUAUUGCGUUGUUGGAAAAGUCAUGACAUCGUAGAAGGUGCUGUGUCUGACCUUGUGCUUCCUCUGUACGAGUCCGUCAUUUUCAGAAGGUUUUAUUUUUAUUUCGUUUGUAACUAACAAAAUAAUUAAAUAUUUGGUUCUUCCUAAGAACUAAAAGCUCCUUGAACUGCUGAUAGUGCUAGAGGCUUAUUUAAAGCAGAUUAACUCCAGGGCUUAAAAUAGAGCUAUGUAUUUGACAUAGGUCCCAGUGGAGUGACCUUCCAAAACUUGAAAAUGCCCUUAGACACAUCACUAAGGGUGUCCUUAGUCUCAAGUCACUUGUGUGUUACAACUUCGUAUUUGUGAUAGUCUCGAAAAGGCCCAUGAUAAGUCAAAUAUUUAUGCAAGUAGUAUACAAUUUUUGCAGAGUUGAUUGUGAGCAGAAUCCAGAUGACAUCCUUUUUUAAAUUCUUAAUUAAAUUUUUUAAUGUUUAAAUGCGGUUAUUUCUCUAUUGGUUAGAUUGUGGCAAGGAUACUUUGAUUUGAGUGGCUCUGCGUGAGCUUUUCUAGCAUAUUCAGGAAUGAAAAGGGGUAGAAGGGUCUUGCUUGUAUUAAAAAGAUGAUUCAUCAACAAAAUCAGCCCUUUUUUUUUUUAAUCCUACCCUCUUUGUCAAUGGUAUUAAAUGCUUCCAUAUAAAUCCAAA